UUCAUUGACACUGCAUUGUACCGUAGAAGAAGAAAAGGACUCCUGUCAAAUUCUCCAUCUUGUGUUUAGAAUCUGACCAAAACAUCUCAGGAAGCAACAACGCGAACAAAGCUCACAAAGAUCCCCCAUCAUGGGAGCCGUGCUGGGCUUGUGCUCCAUGGCGAGCUGGAUUCCUUGCCUGUGCGGCAGCGCCCCCUGCCUGUUGUGUCGCUGCUGUCCGAGUGGGAACAACUCCACCGUCACUCGCCUGAUCUACGCCUUCUUCCUGCUGCUGGGAGUGGGCGUGGCCUGCAUUAUGCUCAUGCCAGGCAUGGAGGAACACCUGAAGAAGAUUCCAGGAUUCUGUGAGGGAGGAAUGGGUUCAUCCAUUCCUGGUGUGGAAGGUCAUGUCAACUGUGACGUGCUGGUGGGCUACAAGGCUGUGUACCGCGUUUGCUUCGGAAUGGCCAUGUUUUUCCUUCUCCUUUCUGUGCUUAUGAUCAAAGUCAAGAGCAGCAAGGACCCCCGAGCUGCACUGCACAACGGAUUUUGGCUCUUCAAGUUUGCAGCGGCUGUUGCCAUCAUCAUUGGGUCUUUUUUCAUCGCAGAGGGUCCCUUCACAACUGUGUGGUUCUACAUUGGGAUGGCGGGGGCAUUCUGCUUCAUUCUUAUCCAGCUGGUUUUACUCAUUGACUUCGCCCAUUCCUGGAACGAGUCGUGGGUGGAGAAGAUGGAGGAGGGCAACUCUCGCUGCUGGUAUGCAGCCCUCCUGUCUGUCACGGCACUCAACUACUUGCUGUCUCUGGUGUCCCUGGUCCUCUUCUACGUCUACUACACCCACACUGAUGGAUGCACCGAGAACAAGGUCUUCAUCAGCAUCAACAUGCUGCUCUGCGUGGGGGCCUCUGUCAUUUCCGUCCUGCCUCAAAUCCAGGAGUCACAGCCCAGGUCUGGCCUGCUGCAGUCCUCCCUGGUGACCUUGUACACCAUGUACUUGACCUGGUCUGCCAUGACCAACGAGCCUGACAGGAAGUGCAACCCGAGCCUUCUGGGUAUCAUCGGGCUGAACACCACCACCCCCGAGAGCCAGGGCCACGUGGUUGAGUGGUGGGACGCCCAAGGCAUCGUGGGAUUGAUUGUCUUCCUCAUGUGUGUCAUGUACUCCAGCAUCCGGAACUCGUCCAACACCCAGAUCAACAAACUGACUCUGACCAACGACGAAUCCGCCCUGAUCGAAGACGGGCCCCAGGUGGAGAGCUUGGAGGACGACGACAGCGCAAGCCGAGCGGUGGACAACGAGAGGGAAGGCGUCACCUACUCUUACUCCUUCUUCCACUUCAUGCUCUUCCUGGCUUCACUCUACAUCAUGAUGACACUCACCAACUGGUACAGUCCUGACUCCAACUACGAGGCCAUGACCAGCAAGUGGCCGUCUGUGUGGGUGAAGGUGUCGUCCAGUUGGAUCUGCAUGGCGCUUUACGUGUGGACGCUGGUGGCGCCUCUCGUCUUGGUCAACAGGGACUUUGACUGAGAAACGCACGCACACACGCACGCACGCACGCACAUGCCUCCCAUCCUCAGCUUGAUGUGGUUUCUUUGCCGUAGGUGACAUGCUAGAUGUUGCUCUAACUUGUAUUACUUCUUACUGUCCCUCCUCAGCACUGUUGUAGUGCCUCUUCCCAUUGUACUAAUAGUAUGUACUGUAUAGUAGUAGUAGUGUGUGUAGUACUACAGUAGUAGCAUGUAAUGCUGUAUUCACACUUUGUUCUCACUAGUAAAAGUGUUGCGUGAUUUUUAUCAGACAUGUAUUCAUACAGUUGCUACAAUUAACUCGACAACACUUGUGCGUGUGAAAUGUCAAACACACACACACACACACACACACACACACACACCUGGUUGUGCUGUUUGAUGUACAAUGGAAGUGUUUUAAGUUAUUUCUCGUUUCCACACUUGAUGCUGACUUUUGACAAAGUGUAUUCUAACUUGAUGGCAUCCAAACUAAUAAAGAUGAAAAGACUUGAGUGGA